AAGCAGUGUGUCAUUCAUGUUAUAAGUCACAACAAGUGGGGACGGUUUGUGCAGCUGCUAGACUACUAUACCCGGCAUGUUCCCUUCAUUUAGCACCUGUGGUUCAUAUAUGAGGUAAAUCCAUACUAUUUAUGCAGUUACAAGGAUGGCCGCUAUGUAUCAUACAUGUUAACUGUGGUGGAGCUCAUACAUGGGUGACCGACAAGUCCCAUACUUCCAUAGUUAGAAUACUGUUGGUGUAUCAUGUGUCCUACCGGUUAUAGAAGUUGAUGUUUCACUCAAAAGAGUGGGUGAAGAUGGUUUAGUCCUCUAAAUUGGGCUCCCCGAUAAGGGGAUAUGAAAUGAAAAACACAGUUUGGAGUGUUGUAUGAACCAUCUCAUGAACAUUGGGUUGUGAUGGGGACCAACUUUUUGUUUGCUAAAUGCUAUUUGUGGUUUGACCCAUUUCUCAAUAACUGUAUGAUAAUUCUCUUACUUGCGUAUUUAAAUUGAGUGGGUAAAGGUAUUUGUGAAAUCCACUAUAGGCAGUCUGUGCUCUCUCGUUAAUAUUUAUAUAUAUUUUAUUUGAUUUCUCCACUAGUGAGAUGUCUUCUGACAUUGGAGCACAGCUAAGAAGGAAUAAAAGGUAUAGAACGAACGUUCAAGAAGAUGAAGAACUUCUGAUGAAAGAGGAGGCGCUAAGAGCUAAAAAUCUGAAGACGCUGCAUGAGAAACCAGACACAGAGAGAUGUUUGGAAGACUUGGUUUUUGGUGGGGAGGAAUUGUUUGUCGAGAAGCUAAUUGGUGAAACGAAGGUAAGUUAGUUGCUACUCCAUUAUAGUGCUUAGAGUGAUUUUUGAAAAAAAAAUUUUUAACAUUUAUUUUAAUUUAAAGGGACUCUCCAGUGCCAGGAAAACAAUCAGUUUUCCUGGCACUGCAGGUCCCCUCUCCCUCCCAUCCCUGGUUGCUGAAGGGGUGAAAAUGUCUCUCGUCGCUGCUUCUUCUUCUGCCCAUGCUCCACCACGUCAGCUGGCGGGGGAGACUGGUCCCGCCCGCUGGCGGGGGAGACCUAACGCCGCCCUGACAAAUCAGCAUCUCAUCAUAGAGAUGCAUUGAAUCAAUGCAUCACUAUCGGGAAAGCUCAGCGUCUCCAUGCAGAGUGUGGAGAUUCUGAACGCCUAUGCUGCACACUGAGCACCACUGACCCAGGAAGCACCUCUAGUGGCCGUCCGAGGAGUGGCCACUGGAGGUGUCCGUAGGCAGAAAUGUAAACACUGUCUUUUCUCUAAAAAAGGCAGUGUUUACUUUACUUUAAAAAUCCUGCAGGGACUUACCAUACUCACGUGAACAACUACAAUAAGCUGUAGUCCUUCUGGUUACUGUAGUGUUCCUGCUUAUGUAAGGGAUGUCUAUCUUUGGCCCUCAAUGCAGCUAUUCGUUUCAUAGACUUUACAUAGACCGUCCAAAUGCGACAUGCCCACAUGAUGUGCAUUGGACAAGGGAUAUAUCAAAUAGUACCUCUACUUACCAAAAGUCUCCCUAACAGAUGCCACCGUCUUCCUUUUUACAAGAAUAUUCUGCUGUAAGAUGUUGUACUCGAGUGCAUGCACAAGAGUAAAAUAGUGAUAACACAGAAGUCUAUGGAAUAUUGCCCAAGGUCCAAGAAGGUGACUUUUUUCACAGCCUUCAUUUGCUCUCUCUUGUGUCAACCUUUUGCCAUUUUCAACAACACAACGUUGUCCCUAGUUUUCUUAUAUUUGGAAUAUACACUGCUCAAAAAAAUAAAGGGAACACAAAAAUAACACAUCCUAGAUCUGAAUGAAUUAAAAAUUCUUCUGAAAUACUUUGUUCUUUACAUAGUUGAAUGUGCUGACCACAAAAUCACAUGGAAAUCAAAAUUUUCAACCCAUGGAGGUCUGGAUUUGGAGUCACACUCAACUGAUCCAACUUUGAUGUAAUGUCCUUAAAACAAGUCAAAAUGAGACUCAGUAGUGUGUGUGGCCUCCACGUGCCUGUAUGACCUCCCUACAAUUCCUGUGCGUGCUCCUGAUGAGGUGGCGGAUGGAUUCCUGAGGGAUCUCCUCCCAGACCUGGACAGUCUGUGGUGCCAUGUGACGUUGGUGGAUGGAGCGAGACACGAUGUCCCAGAUGUGCUCAGUUGGAUUCAGUUCUGGGGAACGGGCGGGCCAGUCCAUAGCAUCAAUGCCUUCAUCUUGCAGGAAUUGCUGACACACUCCAGCCACAUGAGUUCUAGCAUUGUCUUGCGUUAGGAGGAACCCAGGGCCAACCGCACCAGCAUAUGGUCUCACAAGGGUUCUGAGGAUCUCAUCUCGGUACCUAAUGGCAGUCAGGCUACCUCUGGCGAGCACAUGGAGGGCUGUGCAGCCCCCCCAAAUAAAUGCCACCCCACACCAUUACUGACCCACUGCCAAACCGGUCAUGCUGGAGGAUGUUGCAGGCAGCAGAAUGUUCUCCACGGCGUCUCCAGACUCUCACAUCUGUCACAUGUGCUCAGUGCGAACCUGCUUUCAUCUGUGAAGAGCACAGGGUGCCAGUGGUGAAUUUGCCAAUCUUGGUGUUCUCUGGCAAAUGUCAAACAUCCUGCACGGUGUUGGGCUGUAAGCACAACCCCCACCUGUGGACGUCGGGCCCUCAUACCACCCUCAUGGAGUCUGUUUCUGACCGUCUGAGCAGACACAUGCACAUUUGUGGCCUGCUGGAGGUCAUUUUGCAGGACUCUGGCAGUGCUCCUCCUUUUCCGCCUUGCACAAAGGCGGAGGUAGCGGUCCUGCUGCUGGGUUGUUGCCCUACUAGGGCCUCCUCCACGUCUCCUGAUGUACUGGCCUGUCUCAUGGUAGUGCAUCCAUGCUCUGGACACAGCUCUCAUUGAUGUGCCUUCCUGGAUGAGCUGCACUACCUGAGCCACUUGUGUGGGUUGUAGACUCCGUCUCAUGCUACCACUAUAGUGAAAGCACCACCAGCAUUCAAAAGUGACCAAAACAUCAGCCAGGAAGCAUAGGAACUGAGAAGUGGUCUGUGGUCACAACCUGCAGAACCACUCCUUUAUUGGGGGUGUCUUGCUAAUUGCCUAUAAUUUCCACUUGUUGUCCAUCCUAUUUGCACAACAGCAUGUGAAAUUGAUUGUCACUCAGUGUUGCUUCCUAAGUGGACAGUUUAAUUUCACUGAAGUGUGAUUGACUUGGAGUUACAUUGUGUUGUUUAAGUGUUCCCUUUAUUUUUUUUGAGCAGUGUAUAUGAAAUUCCAAUACUUGGUACGCAAGAAUUUCAUUGUCACUUCUUUCUAAGCCUACAAUAGAGAUGUCGCGAACUGUCCGCGAACGGUUCGCCGCGGCAGCUCGCGGCGAACUCCGGUCAGCUGACACGUCCCGGCCAGCUGACCAGAGUUCGCCGCGAACCGUUCGCGAGAAGUUCGCGACAUCUCUAGCCUACAAUUCCCAGUGUUGUCUGGCAACGAAUUCUGGGAAAUAUAGUUCGGUAAUAUCUCAAUGUCCAAUGAUGAUGAUGAUGAUAUCUGCAUUUAGGUUCUAGCUUAGAAGUUGGAUAAAUGUGUUAGGUUUUUGUGAAGGUUCGUAAAAUCCUGGCUCUUCACUUAAUCUGUUAAAGGGACACUGUAGGCACCCAGACCACUUCAGCUCAUUAAAGUGGUCUGGGUGCAAACUCCCAUCACCCUUAACCCUGCAGUGGUAAUAAUUGCAGGUUUUAUAAACUGCAAUAAUUACCUUUUUGAGGGUUAACGACUCAGCUUGUGGCUUUCUACCAGACAGCCACUAGAGGGACUUCCAGAUUUGAAACAGACUUUUAAUCCGUUAUCUGAUGUUGGACAUCCUCACGCUCUGCACCAGGACCUUCAGCGUCAGAUUUUCCCCAUAAGAAAGCAGUGAGUAAUGCUGUCCUAUGGGGAGAUCCUAACGCGUGGGAGGAGCGCUGGACCCAGAUAAGUGACUGAAGGGGUUAUUAACACCUUCAGUGCUGCUGGAGGGGGCCUUAAAAGAUGGGGAAUCUAUAGUGCCACUAAAACGAGUUUGUUUUCCUAGCACUAUAGUGGUCCUUUAAUACAAGGAAGCCAAAGGAAAGGAGCUAUUGCAGCAGCAAAUUGAGUAACAUUGUUGGAUACCAUAGGAAAUUAUACUUUUUAUGGUUUAGUCCAUCCUUGAACAAAACCAAAAUGCAUUAUCAUUGUAUAUGGAGUUCCAUCAUAUUAAAAUUAACAAUAACCGCUUUGUUUGGGCCUUGAUAUUAGAUUUAAAGGAACACUAUAGCGUCUGAAACACAAACCUGUAUUCCGGACUCUAGCGUGUUAAAAACACCAUCUAGCCCCCACCCCCCACCCCCCCUCGUUCUCCUUAAAUAUAGCAAAAUCUUACCUUUAUUUCAGUCUGCAGUUGCUGAUCCCGCCUCUUUAACUGACCUCAUCAGAAGUGUUGAACCAAAGCCAAUUACAAUGCUUCCCCAUAGGAUUGGCUGAGACUGUCAAGGAAGCAGAGCCAGCACGAACUAAACACAGGCCUGGCCUAUCAUCGUCUCCUGAUAGAUAUGUAUUGAAUCAAUGCAUCUUUGAGGACAGUUCAUUCUCUCCAUGCAGAGGGUGGAGACACUGAAUGUCAGUCACACUGUGCAGCACUGCCCCAGGAAGCACCUCUAGUAGCCAUCUGAGGAGUGGCCAGUGGAGUUAUCACUAGGCUGUAAUGUACACACUGCAUUUUCUCUGAAAAGACCAUGUUUACAGCAAAAAGCCUGAAAGGACUGAUUCUACUCACCAGAACAAAUACAAUAAGCUGUAUUUGUUCUAGUGACUAUAGUUCUUUUUAAAUACAGGGAUUAAGGCGACUCCUUUUAUAUUGUGACAUUUUAGUCAUUAAGAAGGUUUAUCUCCCUUAAUUGGAUCUGUUGUCCACAAAAUAUAUUGAUGAUUUAGUCUUUUUUUGUUGACAACUCAUCCAAAUUAAAUACUAAUCUUUUAGAAUUUAUAAUAUCUUCUGAAGAAAUGGUUCUUGACUCCUCUAGAACAAGGGUCAGGUGUAUGUUCCAAAUCAAAACUGUUCACCUUUUAUAUCUGUCUUAGAGAAGAGAUGAGCCAAAUGAAAAUGCUUCCAGUAGUGAAUCGGAGGAUGACGGCCACGAACACGGAUCCCUUCUGCCAAAGAAACCAGCUUGGGUUGAUGAUGAUGAUGAUGUUGAUGAAAAGUAAGUUUUUGAUAUGUAUGUUUAUGGCGAUAUGUGGUUGUAUGAUCCUAGUUUUAUUCCCCAUUGACUCUGCUGUAUUUUCAGUUUUUCGUUUUUUUUUCAUUGUAGAAUUGAAAUGACCCAUCGUUACCGCAAAGGUUUCCAGAAAAGUAAACAAGAAGCUGCACUUAGUAAGGAGAAACUCCAGAUGAGACUACGAGAAGAGUGGGUGAAAUUUUGUUUAUUGUGAUUUAUAUUUUUGUCUAUUUUUCACUUAAACAAUAUUUCUUAAUGCUUUAUGGUCUCGUCGGUGUUGCUGUUUUGAAAGUUUGCAGACAUAAUCUCAGGGAAUUUGGGUGAACUAUCCAUUUUCAUUUUGUAAAUAUUUUUUUGUCUUUUCCAUUUGUAGAUUCCAGAAAGCAAUGGGAGGGGUGCAAUCAUGGGCUUCCAUCGAACACAAAAAGAAAGGUGCCAACCAAGGUACAUUUGAAAUAUUGCCGUGGUGUGUGAUUUAGAAUCUAAAUUAUCUACAUAAUUGAUAGUGAUGACAUGUGCAUCGGUGCUGUGCUCAGCGUUCUGUCAGUGGUGUAGAUUAUUCUUUGUAAUUAAAAGAUUUUUACAGAAUUCAAAAGUUACAUUUUACUAUGUUGAUAAAGUUCAAAAUCUGGGGGGGGGGGCCCGACAGCCGAGCAGGAUAGAUGCAUAGUGUAACGGACCGUUUUGCACACAAGAGGUUAAAAAACGUUUAGGCGAUAUUCCCCUUUUCAGAUGCACAGACAGCUACUGCAAUCACCAAUCUCCUGAACUGCAAACACAUGAAUUCACAAAUCUCCCGAACUGCAAACACAUGAAUUCACCAAUCUCCCGAACUGCAAACACAUGAAUUCACCAAUCUCCCGAACGGCAAACACAUGAAUUCACCAAUCUCCCGAACGGCAAACACAUGAAUGCUGUAAACAGCCGAACAGGAAAAACCAUACGAACAGUUUACACUCCUGGCAGUCGCACUGUAACAGCAUACAAUCCAAUUCCCCCCAAGAACUAGACGACACUUAAUUUGAGGGUCAAGCAGAACUGAUUUACUGGGGCUACCUGCCUGGCUUUUAUGCAGGUCUCCCACCUGGUGGACACUCCCCUAGGGGACCAGAUAAUAGACUGGGAAACCAAUCACAAAUUUACAAUCCCACAAUGCAUCACAAUCCCUCCUCUCUGUCCUGGAGAUAAUUGGGAAGUAAUCCAAUUAUCUCCAAGGACAGAGGCAAAACUCCAUUAACCACAUGGCAGACAAAGGACAAUAAAAGACCUAAAAAUACAUACUGUUACAUUUAUCACAUAGAACAUACACAUUCUACCUAUCCCCAGAUAGCUUAGCUCUGAGCGCACAUUAUUACCGACUGGCGCUCAGAUCACAUACAUACAGUUCAAUCGCCAUGGAGCCAAAGUCUUUCAUACAGUCUUUCAGUAUACGGCUGGGCUCCAUGACAUAGCUAUCUGGGGCAGCAUGGGUUAAACAGUAAAGUACCAAAUGGACCGUUGUUCGGAUAAUUGACUGCAGGUAGGAGAAGGGAGGUCGGCAGCUCAGCGGUAUUCGUGACUUUGACAGUCCGCAGAAAGGCAUGAACCAGCCUUUCUGCAGGGAAAAAGAACAGUGUUAAAUAUGGGGCCAUAGUCCAGCGGCAGAAGGCAGGCGACCAGGCUCCUCCAGUGGCCAGUGGCGAGGUUGGUUCCGCCACACAUGGUGCUGGAGCUCCUCUGGAAAAUCCACUAACUUAGCCUGAAACUGCAUAUUACCGCUAUUAGUCUCGGCUAAAAGCUUAUCUUCAACCCGGAGGAACACUCUGCCUGCUAUCAGCUACUUCUAUGCCGGCAGCCAGUAGAUACAGCCUGUAACAGAAUCCCUUGCGGCCCACCGCUGCCCACGAGGAUGGGAAGGCGGCUGUUCCCCAGCCUUAAUUGGGAGCUAGUUAACUCUGAGCCAUGUCCCUUCCCCCUUCCCCUUUGGACCAGUGGGGGAUAUCCCGGUCCCCACUAGUGCAGUGGAGCAGUCACUUCACCAAGAACCCCAGUUAACGCACAAAAUGACAAAUUGCAGCCUAGCAGCUACACGCAUGCAUGAAAGCAUUCCUCGUGGCCUUUGAUCGCAUCUGUGACAACUCCUAGACAACACUCCAGAAACGAGAACUUACUGCUGCAUCUGCGGGCUAUGGCGCAUCAGUACGGAGCCGUACGGUGGCCAGGCACAGCCUGGAUCAACAUCCUCCACAUGCGACUGGAGGGAUGCUGACGCGGAAAAGCAGCCGAGGCUGGCGGCUGUACAUGAACACUACAGAUUGCAGGCGGGACCAGCGUGAACGGCCUGAUCCGGAGGCCCAUCAUCCCGGUGACCAGAGGAGCAAGACAGGCAGACCGCGGAAGAAGUUCCCGCCAAAACACUGGCUACCAUCCUGAAUGAGUUCUACCUGGACUGUCUGGGAGCCUGGGCUAGAGGGGGGAGCCUUACCGACGCAACUAAUUGCGGAGGAGACUGGAUCUCUAUACCUCUGGGCAUUGUUUAGGUGCCAUCUGCUGAUUUCUUGUGCUUGAUAAUGGCUUGCUGCAAAAACCAGUAACCAGAAUACUCAUGCUGACUACCUAGUGGUUUUUCUAAGCUUAUAGUUUCCUCCAAAGCCACUCAUAUCUAUCUUUACUAUUUAACUUUUCUCUUUUUGCUACAUUUGUCAGUAUAUAUAAUUUGCCUUUCUAAUCCUCUUGACUUCACAACUACUGGCGAGAUCUGCUUCAGCAUGUUUAAUAUAAAAAAUUGUGCAGUUUCCUCAUGUGCCAUAGUAUUGUAUAAUUUCAAUUGAUUAGGUUUGCUAUGGGAGCAACACAUGCUUGUAUGUCAAUCUUUUGCACACACACAAAAAAUAAUAAAUAAAUAAUAAUAAAAAAAAUGUUAAGUUCAAAAUGUGAGGAGGUGCCUUCUCCGCUUUGGAUUGCACUAGUUGUUGCAUCUAUAAGAGAGUGCCAUCUCGAUCUCUUUGGUUUUCAGUGGUAUUUUGAAACCUAAAAUAAAUGAGUACACGUAUUAAAAGGGACACCAUAGUCACCAGAACCACUACAGCUUAAUAUAGUGGUCCUAGUGUCUAUACCCUAUCAAUGCAGUCUUAGAACCGUUUCAGACAAAAUAAAAUGUUUGCAUUGCAGCCUAGUAACCCCUUUAGUGGCUGUCACUCAGACGGCCACUAGAAGUGCUUCCUAGUCCAGUGCUGCACAGAGUGCAGCACUGGCAUUUAGCGUCUCCACCCUCUGCAUGGGGACAAUGAACGUUCCCCAUAGAGAUGCAUCUCUAUGAGGAGAUGCUGAUUGGCACAGAGCAGUGUUUUGCCGCACAAGCGCAAUCGAUGGGAAAGGAUUGGAUUGGCUGAUAUCAUCAAGAUUGAUCUCAACCAUGGAAGGGGAACCAGCUGCGAUAAGACUGACUGUGUGGGGAAAAAGAUGAGUAAAAUCACCUGUAAUCUCAAAAGGGGGUGGGCAGGGACCUAAUGAUUUAUAGCAUUAUAUGUUUGUAUUGCUGACACUAGAGUGUUCCUUUAAUGUUGUGUACUACACAUAGCAUAGGCAAAAUAUCCGCACGGUAGAAUCCUCCAUGUUCCUGCCAUAGGUUGUAAUGGAAUAACUGUACAAGUUUCUACAAUUAUAAAACCUGCGGCAAAGUGCUACAUGGGGAACAACUAGCAAAAGGAUUCCAUUGGUUUCCAUGGUGACUGCUGUAGCUAUAUAGCACUUGUGCCCAAGAAACACCACCUUGAUCAGUAAGCAGUGAGUUGUAAUCGUCUCCACAUAUCACCCUUUUGGGUUGUGUUAACUAAACUGUAACUUAUGUAGAAUUGCUGUUUUAAUCCUUAAUAGCUGAACAAGUAGCCGUGUUAGAGAAUUUUUCUUCCUUUGCCGUCUUUUGGUUUUAAUGAACCCGUAUUCGCGUUCUUGGAAUAAAAGAUGGUAAUGGAUCUUGGUUUCUAUUGCAGAUGAUGAUGAUGAUGAUGAUGACGACGAUGGCAGUGAAGAAGAAAAUGAAGAUAAUCUGUUAAGUAAGACUGGCAAUUUGCUAACCAAAUCAAGUUCUCUACCAAGAGGUGUCUUGCAGGUAAGUCUAUCUACCCAUCACUAAACCUUUUUCCAGUUUGGAAUAUUAGAAAAUAUUUUAUCUUUGUUAAUAGUAUUUUUAAGAAGUGGACUUUUUGAGAACGCUGCAUGUAUUUUUCAAGUUCCUUUCUCAUAAAUAGUUUAAUUCCGACCAUUAAAGUGAACCUGUGAAUUACCAAAAUAAUGUAGGUGACAUUCAGGGUGGGAUUCUGUCAGAUAUAUUUUUAGUAAAUUAAAACUAUCCAAGUUGUUGGCUAUUGAGUGAUCGUAAAUACGACGUUGUGUAUUUUUAAAUCGAAAACUAAACCUAACCCUAAUCAUUGUUUUCCAGGUGAAAAGGUGCCUGAGUGCUAAUCAUGAAAGACUAUCAAAGGUUCCGCUCUCAACUGUGCAGUUCCAUCCGUUGGCCCAAGUUAUAAUGACAGCGGGUGUUGAUCGCACAAUCUCUCUGUUUCAGGUAAAUAAAGGGAUUUAAGCCAACAAUUCGCUGCAUUUUUAGUCUUACGGCCUCUAGAGUCACUGCAGUUUGCCAUGAUGUGGCUUGUUUGGAAAUGAUAUCUAGGCUUUUUCAGACUAGAGAGACACCCAUGUGACUCUCUAAUCAGGACAUGAAUACGAGAGAUAUAUUUAUUGCUUAAUCUUUACUGUUUGUAGGUUGAUGGGAAAUUAAAUCCAAAGAUUCAAAGCAUCCAUCUGGAAAAGUUUCCCAUUUUUAAGGCUCAGUUCAGUGCCGAUGGCGAACAAGUGGUAGCCACAGGAAUGCGGCAAAGACUGUUUUACAUAUACGACAUGAUGGGCGGAAACAUAAUUCCAUUUCACAGAAUAAGAGGUGAGAGCUUUUAUGGGUUUAGAUUCUCCGUUAUUCACUAAAAGUAAGAAUUUAAAGUGAAUUUCAAAUUUAAGGUCAAAGUAGCCAAAACCAGAAAAAUUCUGUCAGCUGUGCUUUUAGCUCUUCUACUUUGGCCUUGAAUUUGAAAUUCACUUUGAAUUAUCAGUUUAGUAAAUAACACUAUAUGUGUUCUAUUGCUGCUUUUUUUGGCUCCAAGAUUGGAAAUUUUUAAAAGAAUUCUGGUGUGCCUAGGAAGGCCCAGAGGAGUCAUUUCCUCCAGUCUUGAAGGACGGGAUGUCCUGGCACAUCAUUGAAAUUAGGGGCCUCCAUUCGGCUUAUACAACAUGUGUUAUUUCAUACGCCGAGUGCUUAUAUGAUCAAUCUAGUAAAAUAGCCGGUAGAUUAUACUCUAUAUCAGUGUGUGUAUUUAUAAUACAUUUAAUACUGCAUUAUCUUUACCAAUGUAUAAUACAAACCUACUUGGAUUACUAUAAACAAGUGUUUUAAUGCAUUUUAUUUAUACUUGCCGAUACUUUUCUUUUUAUGUUUCAGGUGUGAAUGAGAAAUGUCUCCAGCAGUUUGAGGUGUCCAACGAUGGCUCCUUCCUGCUGUUUAAUGGAUCUGCUGGAUACCUUCAUUUGCUGUCUAUGAAGGUAGCUCUCCUACCUGUUAUUUAUUAAAUGUCACAUUUCUAAAUCGGCUGCUUUCUAUUCUGGAACAAAAUGUAUAAUGUUGGAGAUUUAUUAACAAAUCAUGCCUACAAGAGUGGAUAAGUACUCCGGGUUUGGGUUCCUGCGCAUGUCGCCAUAAACCAAGGGAAGACUUAUUCAAUCAGAGACAAAAUUAUUGCACGUUUUUUUCAAUAAAGUGUAUAUUGCCAGUAAUUCUUAGUGAAUUUCAAAUAGUUUAAAAUAGUCAAAUUGGAAUAUUUUUUUACCAAAUUCAUUUCAUUUAGACUAAAAUUUUAAAAUAUUUUAUUUUUAUUCUAGACAAAAGAGCUGAUUGGAAGUAUGAAGAUGAACGGAAAUUCUAUGAAAGCCGUGUUUUCACCAGAUUGCAGUAAAAUCAUUUCUAAUUCAGGUAUAGAACAAAUAUUGAGUGUCUCUGACAGCCCCGGGUGUCUGCAUGCGCAUUGAGUAAUGUAUGAGACCAUAUUUCCUACUGCAGAGCGUCUGGGUGAAUGCAUUUAAAGGGAAGCCUUAGGCCAGCUCACUGUCAGGCAAUUAUUGUUAUCCAGGCUGGAUAGAUUCUAAUUGUGGCUGUGACUGAAGAAUGUCUAAAACCUUGACCCAUAAAGUGCUAAUAUGUCUGUAGCGGGCCCUGUUCCUAGUGUCCUGUUCCCAGGUUCAGACAACACUCAGCCCUGGAGGCUCUCUGUCCUUACCAGGACUUUUCCCCUAUUUUCUUCUACCUGCAAGCUGGAACAGCAGACACAGGGGUUAAAAUCUUCUUCCCCUCCAGUAAAAGGAGGACACACAGUUUGGAGGUUUAAACACUGGCAUCUCACCAGGCUGAGUCACACUCUUCAAUGAUUACAUUAAGCACAGACCUCCGCAGGGGGUCUCCAUUCCACACCAUACACUUCCCUUAGUCCAAGGCAGGAGGACGUUGGGUUACAGAUAGCCAUCUCCCACCUUAGGAUACCAAGCAGUACACAGGGAUACACUUUACAUCAUUUUACAUUCAGGGGUGUCACACUUUAAGUGGCUGGUUUUGCCACAGAUAGGAAUAGCAAUGCAGUAAUAGCAAGAUAUAUACAAGGACAUUCUGUAAGUGGCUAGGUUUGCCACACGGGACAGGGCAAGUGAUUGCCAAAUACAAAGGGAAACACAUACCUAACAAGGGAAAACCAUCACAGUACAUAUUGGAGACACAAAAUAUAAAACCAAACCUCUGAAUACUCAGGGGUCAUGGCACUUAGUGGCGAUGUCCCGCCACAAUGUCAUUUGGGAAUAUUGCAUCUGUGUGAAUCAAAGCCAUAAACUAAAAUCUACCAAGUGCUCAGAAUCCGCAACAACCAAAUAGCAUGAAUUGCUACCUGGGGGGAACAUUAUAAACAAAGCUUAUAUUUAUUUAUUUGCAGAACCAAAGUACACUCUGAAGUAUGAUAUAAAAAUGAAAUGCACACGUGAUAUUGCUGGAGUAACAAUUUUUUCACUAGUCUUGCUUUUCUUUGUAUCCCAAUUUUGUUGGCAUUCAGUAAAGUGUGUGCAAUAUAAUCUGAGUUCUUUCCUAUCUCCCAGAUGAUGGCUCUGUGUAUAUUUGGGACGUGAAAAGCAGAAGGUGUAUCAACAAGUUUACAGAUGAUGGCAGUGUGCAUGGAGCAUCUCUUGCGUUGUCCAGAGACGGGCGCUAUCUGACCUGUGGGUAAGUACAUCUUGGAUAUGAUUUAACCUCUUCCCUCCCUGCACUAUGUGUACUGACGCUAUUUUUUUAUUUGUUUUUGAUUUUCAAAGCUGUGCAAACUUAAACUUCUUAAGCUUACUUUCCCCUUUGCAUCAACCUUGGAUUGCAGCAUUCACAGAAACACAGCAUUCUUCUGUAUCUCUGCAUCGUUUGCUUAAGGGUUGUAAAUUCUCUGUAAGGUCGUCCCUCCUUUAAUUCUUGCACUGCGGUCUUGUGAUUCCUAGUUAUCCCCUGAUGAAGACUAUAGUGGCACAAAUGUUUUGAAACCCUUUUUCAAUUUACAAAGGGUGUUGUACAUUGAAAAAGGGAAUAUGAGAGCACAAUCCGAGCUGGUGACUGUAUUUUGUUGGCCAUUGCCAGUGUUCAGAUCAGCGGGGUUUGCGGUGGAUAGUAUAUUUUAGACAUGGCUAGUGGCAGGUUGACAUUGUAUUGCCCUGUGUUUCAGAUCUAACUCUGGCGUUGUGAAUAUAUACAAUUAUGAGGACUGUCUACAGGCAACAAAUCCCAAACCGCUCAGAUCAAUAAUGAAUUUGGUAACCGCAGCGUCGUCCAUGGUCUUUAAUUUGCAAACAGAAAUCCUGGCUGUGGCUUCAAACAAACUGGAUGAUGCUGUUAAAUUAGUAAGUGUCUCUCACUACUGUUUACCUUUUUCCUUUCUUUUUCUAGGUCUCUACUACUUUUCUGGCAGUCAUGAACCUUCUUUUUGAUCAAAAAACCUUGGAAUGUUUGGCCUUUAGGUAAAGCCCAAGCUAAAAUUAUAACUGAGACGGUAGUAUAUGGUAUCACCAUCAAGCAUUCCCUUCUUCCCAUAAAAGAAAAUCACCCAAUACUCCACAAGUAGAAAUAUCCAUGGAAUCGCUGAAUAAUCCACACAUGAGCCAAAGCUUAAUGCUGGAACAAGACUGAUUUACUGGCACACAGGACUCACAAUUUAUGCAAUACAAAACUCCUCCUCUGGACCAGGCUAAAUAAUUGAGUUUCAACAAUACACAAAGCUCAAUUAUCUGCUGGCCAGAAACAUUACAAUUUUUAACAAUUUCAGAAAAGUACUUUUUAUAAGACAUACAAAUAUAAUUUUAACAUCCCUAGGUAGCUGAGGAUACUGGUAUUCACAUAUCCAAAUCUCACGAAUUUCCGUUCGGUAGUUUCCGUGUCGCAUCGUGUGGAAGCUUGACCGGCUCGGCAAGUGGAGGUAUCCGAGUUAGAGUUCCAUGAAAUCAGUAGCAGGAGCCGGUCUCCGUUCGCAUCUAACUACACGAAAACCACCGUUCGUAUGGUGCAGCUGGUUACAUACGAAUGUUCCCCUCGUUCGGUAGAUUCUAUUUACCGAAUGCCAGUUUGAUUCAUGGCGGGGAACGUAUACAUCCAGGACUUCCAUGAAGACCAGGCGUUCGCAUGUUUGCCUUGCCGAAAAUAGUUCCAGGCAAUUCAUGCGUAUGCCCGCUGACAGCGUUUGUGAGUUUUUAAGAUGGCCGCCAUACUUUGUUCUCGCCACGUGUUCGUAUGCCGAAUGGCGGCCACCCAGGAGCAAUUAAGUUGUGGUUUUCUCCCCAUUCUAAUGCUGAUUGCUACCCAGGGUAGGUGGUCUCUCGUUCGGUAGACGAAUACAAGCUUUCACAUACAUAACCAAACGAACUGAAUACAAGCAAUUAAACAGCAGGGUGAGGAUAAAACUGAAGGCACACAGGUAAGUACAAGAGAUCCUUCACAAUAACCAGGUUGGCGUCCUGAGUAUAUUUUUUUUCUCGUUUGUAAAAAUUACUACUGCUUUAAAACAGCCCAGCAACAUUGUCAUCUAGCACGCACCAUAAGGAAAAAGAACUCUCUUUAUUUUUAGAGAGAGCUGAGCCAGACGCUGCACUUGUAAUGGUAAACCGUCCGAUUCACAAAAUGGUGAACUAGGCUGUGUUCAGCUGGGAGCAGCAUUAGUAUGGGUGAUAUCCAUUUACUAAACCGUUUAAAUCAUCAUGUGAUGAGUGGAACUUCAGUUGGAGAAUAAACUACUUAUCCCAUAAUCCUCUGCUUCACAAAGUAUAAUGGGAUAAGAUUAUUCCCCACAGAACAGAAAUGAGACUGUCCUGAUUGGAGCAUGUUAUCCUGGUAGUGCACACACAGAGACAUUUUAAAAGUUGCGUAACCUUGUCAGUGCAUUUCCUGGGUCUUUCUGUGUGGAAAUGGCCAUCUUAAAGUCCGCUUUGAAAAAAUAACCAAAACUGUAAACAAAAAUAAACCCGUGGAGUUGCUGUAUCUCUGGUGCUGUUGGAAUGUGCUAACAUUUCGGAUCUGGACUGCCAUGGUGGAUGGAACCAGUUUCAUAUGCAGAUGGACAUAGGUUCUCUCUAUAAUAAUACAAAUAAGCUAAACCUUGUUUGAGACUGGAGCUGGCCCUAACAAAAUGGCUGAAUAUUUGAGUUGCUGCCUGUUCACCAAGUUCUGUAUUUUUGUCAGUGGAGUGUAAGCUUUUUAGACUGUGAUUGGCUCUUGGAUACCUGCAUGGUUUUGAUGAUUACACCCUUAAAAGAAUAAAACGCCCUCACAAAGAAAUUAGAUGUAUACUUAUAGCUUAUGUGCAUAUUUCUCACACACGCACACGUUUAGUGAGUACCUGAUAUUCAACGCUCCACAUUUAUUUAUUUACAUAUUUUCAGUAACGUAAGGCCAUCAACCUGCUGGAAGUAAAGGGUGGAUUUGGUAAAUUGUUUUCUUUAACUAUAAAACAACCUUAUAAUACCAAAAAUUUAAUUAUGUAUAACUGUAUCAUUUAUGAUCCCCACAUUUUGUAACACUACAGAUUCACAUUCCAUCGUUCACCGUGUUCUCCAACUUUCCAACGCAAGGAAAUCGCAGAACCAUCCAUCUUCCCUCUGCCAUGGACUUCUCGCCGCGCAGCGGAUUCUUUUCCAUAGCAAACAAUAAAGGAGAAGCUUUGCUGUACAGGUAGGUGCCUGGACGAGUUUAGCUGCAAGACGAGGAAGCUUUCUAAAUUGCGUGCUUACCCAGUGAACCAUCCUUUUACUUUUCUAAUUCCAUUAUCUAUAGAAGCCUGUAAUUGUAUGGGGCGUUAUCUUUGCAUUGGGUUGAUCCUUACUCACAAGCCUUGAUGCCUCUUAUGCCCAUUCUUUCCUGUGUUCGUUAAAGUCGGAAUAACUGUCUCUCUUGCAUUUGAUGGCCAUAUAACUAGUACAGUGUGUGUAUUGUAUUGGGGGUUAGUUAGUUUUUUGAGUGACUUGUAUAAACCGCAAUGUACAUUAUUCUCAAAGUUUAACGAACGACUUUACAAGUUAUUCUCAAGAACCGCCUGCUUAAGAAGUAAAGGUUGCCGCUUGGCGUUGUCCUGUUCUGGUCAUGUUUCUUAGUAUAUGCCACCUGCGUAUGUGAACCUGAGACUUGAAUCUUUCUUUGCUGUGUCUGUAUUCAGCCAGUGCCUCCAUGUGGGCAGCUCAGCCCACACACCCAGUAACCUACAGCUUGGGAAAAUCCUCGACGGUCUGUCUCUUGCAUGUUGUUAGAACUAAAAUUUAUUAGAAAACACAGGAUUUUCAGCAAGCGUUUCAAUGUGCAUUAUAUAAUAUUACACUAUUCUAAAUAGUAUUUUUUUCUUUUUGAAGAUUAAAACAUUACACGGACUUCUAAUCUGUGGCAGUUUUGGUAAGUCAUAAUUCAUGGAUAUAACAAAGUAAUAUUUUAUUGUGAAAACCAAUUGUAUUUCCUACUGGAAUAACCAUUUUGAAUGCUCCUAUCUUGAUCCUGGGAAUGUUUAUUAUGAUUAUAAAAGUCUAACUCUAUGGAAAAAAAUAUCAUUUAUGUUUAAUUUGUGGCAAAUUCCCAAAUAUUUAGAAGUUGACUUUGCUUUAUUAUUUUGCUGCAUCUUUAUUAAUUGAUUGGACUGUGUUGUUGUUCUUUAGUACUUUAAUAUAUGCUGAUAUAGAGAAUAUUUAAAUGCACUGCAGGUUCCCACACGUUAGGUGCACUAUGUAGGUUAGGUUACAGUUAGUUAUACUCUGUGGGUUUAUAUUAUUAAAGGGUCACUCCAGGCUCCCACACACGUUAGAUGCACUGUGUAGGUUAGGUUACAGUUAGUUAUACUGGGUGGGUUUAUAUUAUUAAAGGGACACUCCAGGCUCCCACACACGUUAGAUGCACUGUGUAGGUUAGGUUACAGUUAGUUAUACUGGGUGGGUUUAUAUUAUUAAAGGGUCACUCCAGGCUCCCACACACGUUAGAUGCACUGUGUAGGUUAGGUUACAGUUAGUUAUACUGGGUGGGUUUAUAUUAUUAAAGGGACACUCCAGGUUCCCACACACUUUAGAUGCACUGUGUAGGUUAGGUUACAGUUAGUUAUACUGGGUGGGUUUAUAUUAUUAAAGGGACACUCCAGGUUCCCACACACGUUAGGUGCACUGUGUAGGUUAGGUUACAGUUAGUUAUACUGGGUGGGUUUAUAUUAUUAAAGGGACACUCCAGGCUCCCACACACGUUAGAUGCACUGUGUAGGUUAGGUUACAGUUAGUUGUACUGGGUGGGUUUAUAUUAUUAAAGGGACACUCCAGGCUCCCACACACGUUAGGUGCACUGUGUAGGUUAGGUUACAGUUAGUUAUACUGGGUGGGUUUAUAUUAUUAAAGGGACACUCCAGGCUCCCACACACGUUAGGUGCACUGUGUAGGUAGGUUACAGUAAGUUAUACUGGGUGGGUUUAUAUUAUUAAAGGGACACUCCAGGCUCCCACACACGUUAGGUGCACUGUGUAGGUUAGGUUACAGUCAGUUGUACUGGGUGGGUUUAUAUUAUUAAAGGGACACUCCAGGCUCCCACACACGUUAGGUGCACUGUGUAGGUUAGGGUACGGUUAGUUAUACUUAGUGGGUUUAUAUUAUUAAAGGGACACUCCAAGCUCCCACACACGUUAGAUGCACUGUGUAGGUUAGGUUACAGUUAGUUAUACUGGGUGGGUUUAUAUUAUUAAAGGGUCACUCCAGGCUCCCACACACGUUAGAUGCACUGUGUAGGUUAGGUUACAGUUAGUUAUACUGGGUGGGUUUAUAUUAUUAAAGGGACACUCCAGGCUCCUACACACGUUAGGUGCACUGUGUAGGUUAGGGUACGGUUAGUUAUACUUAGUGGGUUUAUAUUAUUAAAGGGACACUCCAAGCUCCCACACGUUAGAUGCACUGUGUAGGUUAGGUUACAGUUAGUUAUACUUUGUGGCUUUAUAUUAUUAAAGGGACACUCCAGGCUCUCUCACAUGUUGGAUGCAUUGUGUAGGUUAGGGUACGGUUGUGCUGGGUGGGAUGUUUGCUCCAUAAGCAAUUUGUCAUGACUUGGUUUCUUGCAGUUGUAGUUCAGAUUUAUAAAUUAGAAACCUAACAAUUGAACUGAAAUACACAGAGAUGCUGGCAGUGCCCAUAAAGCACUUGGCUGUGCUGGUGUCUCCUCCAUUGUACCUGCUGUAAUGUGCUUGAUGUUUUGUACUGUUACAAUAUGUUAUUUGUCUUCUCUCUCCCAGAAUAGUAUUUUCUUGUCGGUUUUAUUUGGACCGGAUACAUCAAUCCCUAGAAAUUCAGUGAACAAUGAAGAUUCCUCCAACAUAAGUGGUUUUACCCCAUUUAAGAACCUGACACAAAAUUCUGUAAAUAUGGACAGCUUAUCCAACACACCUCUUCAAUUUGUGUAUUUUACACAUCUGUUGUAUAAAUGAUGUCUAUACUGUGAGUGUUCUCUGCCAAUCCCAAAAUAAAUAUCUUUAUUAUAUUUUUAGAUCUUGUGUGUUUUGUUAGAUUAUUUUCUUAUGCCGGAUAUUGUAAGUUUUCGAUUGUUUGGAGAUUUACAAGCUCUUUACUGAAGCCAUGUGUAAUUGUAACCCAUAUUUGCAGGAACUUUGACCAGCAGCACUGUUGGC